AGAAGGAAUGUGACCUAGCCUGCUGGUUAAGACUGAGGAGGAGCUUUGGGGCAGGGUGGAUCUAGGGCAAGGUUUGGUGCAAGCUCUUGCUGGUACCAGCGUGCUUCUCACAGCUCCAGGCCCUGCUGCCCUCCUGCAGACAGCAAAGCCAUGGUCUCUGUGCCCUGAUCCUGUAGAAGCUCAUGGGGAGCCCCAGCCUGGCAGCCUUGUUCCUGCCUCUCCUUCUACCGCUCACCAGCCCUGCUGUGUCUGCUCAGGUUGGCUGCCUCUACCUGCUACGCUGGACCAGCCACUGUCUACCGGCCUCACUUGUGGAUAAGAGUUUCGCUGGUCUUCAGUGGGGCUGGCUGCCUCUCUUGGCGAAGAAACCUAAAAGUCCUCGGAAGUUUAAAUUCUACUGGAUGCACAGGACACCAGCAUCCUCCCAGAGGAAGCUUCUGGGCAGCCCUUCCCUGCCUCAGGAAAGCCAUCAAACUUCCAACCUGUUUCCGGCCAUCUCCCACAGAGGCCCACGCUCCAGAAGGACCCAGCCUCCAACCACAGAAGUAGACCCUCUCCCUGGAACAGGUUCACAAAAGCGUGGAGGACCUGAGUUCUCCUUUGACUUGCUACCUGAAGCGCGGGCUAUUCGGGUGGCCAUUCCUCCAGGCCCAGAGGCUACUGUGCGUCUCUGUUACCAGUGGGCACUGGAAUGCGAAGACAUGACGAGUCCCUUAGAUACCCAGAGAGUUGUGUCUGGAGGCCACACUGUCGACCUGCCUUAUGAGUCGCUUUUGCCCUGCAUGUGCAUAGAGGCCUUCUACCUGCAAGAGGAUACUGUGAGGCGCAAAAAGUGUCCCUUUCAGAGCUGGCCUGAAGCCUAUGGCUCGGACUUCUGGAAGUCAGUACGCUUCUCCGACUACAGCCAGCACAACCAGAUGGUCAUGGCUCUGACACUCCGCUGCCCAUUGAAACUGGAGGCUUCCCUCUGCUGGAGGCAGGACCCACUCACGCCCUGUGAAACCCUCCCCAAUGCCACUGCACAGGAGUCAGAAGGAUGGUAUGUCCUGGAGAAUGUUGACUUGCAUCCCCAGCUCUGCUUUAAGUUUACUUUAGAAAACAGCAGCCAUAUUGAAUGUCCCCGCCAGAGUGGCUCUCUCCCAUCCUGGACUGUGAGCAUGGAUACCCAGGCCCAACAACUGACUCUUCACUUUUCCUCGAAGACACAUGCUACCUUCAGUGCUGCCUGGAGUAACCCAGACUUGGGGAUGGGUAGUUUGAUGCCUCCUGUAUAUAGCAUCAGCCAGACCCAGGGCUCAGUCCCAGUGACUCUAGACCUCAUGCUUCCCUUCCUGAGGCCGGGGAGCUGCAUCCUGGUAUGGAGGUCAGAUGUCCAGUUUGCCUGGAAGCACCUCUUGUGUCCUGAUGUCUCCCACAGACACCUGGGCCUCUUGAUCCUGGCACUGCUGGGCCUCACCACUCUGCUGGGUGUAGUUCUGGUUCUUCUCUGCCGGUGCCUACUGCCAGGCCCGAACCAAGCGCGGCCAGUUUUACUCCUGCACGCAGCGGAUUCAGAAGCACAGCGGCGCCUGGUGGGAGCGUUGGCCGAACUAUUGCGGACCGCGCUGGGCGGCAGGCGCGACGUGAUCGUGGAUCUCUGGGAGGGGACGCACAUGGCACGCAUUGGACCACUGCCAUGGUUCUUGGCGGCCCGGGAGCGUGUGGCACGGGAGCAGGGCACGGUGCUGCUUCUGUGGAACUGUACCAGCCCCAGCCCGGCCUGCAGCGGCGACCCCCAAGCUGUGUCCCUUCGCACUUUGCUCUGCGCUGCUCCACGCCCGCUGCUGCUGGCUUACUUCAGUCGCCUCUGUGCCAAGGGCGACAUCCCCAGGCCGCUGCGCGCUCUGCCGAGCUACCGCCUCUUUCAUGACCUGCCGCGCCUGCUGAGGGCGUUGGAUGCUGGGCCUGCCAGCCUAGCCACCAGCUGGAAUCAACUUGGGGCUAAACAGUGCUUGCAAAGCCGCCUGGAACUGUGUCACCAGCUGGAACUCGAUGCUGCCCAAGUUGACCACCAACGUUCAACCGAUAGUCCCUGCGCUUCCAGUUGUCUCUAG